CAGAAACAUGACGUUUCUUGUGGGUGGAGUUCAGCAACUUCACCAAUGUGAUGUUAAAAUCUUAUAUUUAUAAUAAAGCCAUUUAUAUAGGCUUAUUUGGCCUUGCAGCGGGUCCACUAACUUCUGCUAAUGUGAAGUGACUCCUGCAAUCAUGCCUACAAUCAUGCAUCAGAUCAGUGAUCCAAAGAUCGCCUUUGCCUACCUGCGCCCGGCCUGUGUCCUCCUCACCAAAGCUCCCACAGUGACCGACGUGGAGACGCUGAGCGCUCAGCUAAAAGAAAUCGACGAUGCCACGUUACAGCAGCUCCAAGAGUACGUCCUCUUCCCUCUUCGUUUCGUACUCAAAGUCCCUGGGACAAAGAAGGACAAACUGGUGCAGGCUGUGGCUGAGGCCAUGAGCCACGUCCUGGAGACCACGUGUGUCCAGAGCUGGGAGACUCUCCGGGACCUCCUGUCAGAGCUCUGCCUCUGCCUGUGCACUCCUACCGAUCCUGGGAAACCUGCAGAGACUUCAGAGGAGCUGAAAUCUGCCCUGCUGAGGUGUCUGGACGCACUGCUUCAUGCCGCUUAUGGUGAUAUAAUCUUCAAACUCUUUGAACCGAUCAUGCUUCCCGGCAUUGGAUCUGCCAUAUCGCUGCUGCUGGCUCUGGGAGAGAAGGAGAGAUCUCGAGACGUACAGUUAGCAGCGCUGAAGUGCCUCCAGGCUCUGACUCUGCAGUGUGACUGCACUCAGGAGCAUGUCGUCCCAUCGUCACAGGAGAGAGGUGCUCUAGGCAGCACCAUGGCUUCAUUCUUACCUGGGAUUACCAUGGCUGUAUCUAGGAUCAUUACAGGAGAUCUGAGACAUGGCCAUGCAGUCACAGUCAGGGCGAUAAAGGUUUGGUACAGGACUGUGGGGCUGGUGAUGGAGGACGCCCAGCUCCAGGCCGGUGAGCCCUGCAGGACUGCCCCACCAGACCUGGGGAGACUCUCUCAGCUGAUGGUCCAUCGCUCUCAGGACUGGGUGAAGAGCACCGCGGGGAGACUCUCUUCGCUCCUGAAGAAGAUCAUCUCCUGCUCCUCGGCUCACCAGCACUGGAGGGUCCGGCUGGAGAUGGUGGAGCUGGGUGAACACCUGCUGGCCCGGUGCAGCCGCUCACUGGGGGAGUGUGUGGGGCUGCUGCUGGAAGCCCUGGUGGGGGCAGUCAACGAUGAGGAGCCCAGAGUCAGGAAGAGGUGUGAGGUUGUUCUCAGAGAGGUCUCCCAGAGGAACCAGAGCCGCAGCAGUGAUAUGAACAGCAGCAGUGCUCAGACCUUCACUGACAUCCUCUCAGAGAACCUCCACUCUUUGGCCACCUCCCUCCCCAGACUGAUGAGGACCUCUGACGACCAGAAGAAGCUGUUUGUCCUCAACGUGUUUCUGGGUUAUUUAAAGGUCCUGGGCUCGCAGGUCUCCGUGGUGCUGAACUCUGCUGCGCAUCUCCAGAGGAUCUCCAAAGCCUUGAUGCAGGUGCUGGAGCUGGAUGUGAUGGAUGUUCGCAUCGUGGAGGAAAGGAGUUACGCUGCUACCAUAGAGACCAGCUCAGACUCUUAUAAUUCCUACGCUGCUCGCAUACAGAGAAGGCAUUUUCUCUACUUCACAGAUGAGAAGAUCUUCUCUCUACUCAUGGAGAUCUGUAGAACAUUAGGUUACUACGGCAACAUUUACCUGCUGACAGAUCACUUCCUGGAUCUGUACCAGCAGUCCUCAGCGUACAGGAAGCAAGCUGCCAUGGUGCUGAAUGAGAUCGUCAGGGGCGCAGCAGGAAUCAGCGUGGCAACAGAAGCUCAGGGUUUGGAGAGUCAAGUAUGGGGAAAGUCUGUCACCCAGGACGACCUUAAAGUAGCAGUGGUGUCCAUCAUGGAGGAGUACACCAGUCUGAACAACUGGCACCUGAUCACCGUCAGCGAGGAGACAGAAAGAGACCGACAAGACCAGCAGCUGCUCAGCCCCUCCAGCCUCCUCUCCAUAUCCAACAGUAACGUCGGCCACACUCAGACAAACUCCAUCCAAGAGAUUUCUUCAUCCUUCGGCUCGCAGUCUUCCUCACCAUCAACCUCCGCCCUCCACCAGCUCAACAGCAACAUCUGGCAGCUGUGUAUCCAACUGGAAGGCAUCGCCUGCUUCGCUCAGGCACUGGGGCGGGACUUUCGGCCUCUUUUGAUGACAUCACUGUACCCAGUACUGGAGAAGGCCGGAGAGGAGACGCUGCUGGUGAGCCAGGCGGCGCUGGGCUCUAUGUGGGACAUCAGUAAGGCCUGCGGGUACCCCUCCCUGAAGGAGCUGAUCACUGAGAACUGCGACUACCUGCUCAACGACAUCUCACUGAACCUGCAGAGGCUCAGCCAGCAUCCACAGGCUCCCCGGGUGCUGACAGUGAUGCUGACUCACUCUGACUGCAGCCUGCUGCCUCUGGUCGGGGACAUCGUCCAGGACGUGCUGAUGGCUCUGGAUCUCAGCUACCAGCACACAGCUGCUCUCUUCUGCUCCGUGCUGCACGCGCUCCUGAAGGCUCUGGCAAGGUGGUUCCCCUCAAAUUCUAGUAGGACCAGUAACUCCGUCAGACCCAAGCAGAACCCGCCUCAUGAAGAACUCUUCAACAUCCGACAAUUCAUGCUGGAUCACCAGAAAGAGAAAGAGCUGGCAGAGGGCAUUGGAAUAGAGGACGACCUUGAAGAUCUUAACGAGAACCCCCCUCCCCUGGAGUGUGAGGAUGUUGAUGAUAUUGGUGGUCCUGAUGUGAAGGCAGAGCUCCCCCUCCACCUCAGCGUCACUAAAGAUAUAAUGGAGCGCUGCAUUCACCUGCUGUCGGACCCCAGUCUCAGACUCAGGCUCAAGGUGCUAGAUGUGCUGGAGCUGUGUGUGUGUGUACUCAGUGAGAAAGAAAAUGAAUUGCUGCCAAUGGCCCAUCGCUGCUGGCCCCCCCUCCUGCAGAGACUCACAGCCGAUGACCCUUUAGCGGUCCUCCGAGCUUUCAGGGUGUUGUGUACGCUGGGUGAGACAUGUGGCGACUUCCUGAGGAGGAGGGUCUCCAAAGAGGUCUUGCCCAAGCUGAGCUCCUCUCUGCUGCGGCAGGCCCCGACCAGCGCCAAGGCCGGGCCCGUCUACACACACACUCUGAACUACAAACUGCAGCUGGCUGUGCUGCAGGGCCUGGGCUCCCUGUGCCAGAGGCUGAGUCUGGGUGAUGCAGAGCUGGAUGCUGUCUGUGAGGCCUGCCUGCCCUACCUCAGCUGCAGACAACCAAUUAGACUGCAGGAGGCUGCCAUUAGCGUUUUCCAGCACUUAAUCCAGGUGGAUCCGGAUGCCUUCUGGUUUACUCUCAACGAGCUGCACUGCCCGUCCUCCUACACCCCCCCCCACCCCGACCUCCACCCAAUCCAGCUGAGCGGAAUGGGCCGGGCGAGAGACGAGUUCUCGGACAACGCGCUCCGGCUGCUGAGGGAGGAGUUUGGCUCUGCUGCUGAGACAAAAGAGCAGCCAGUGAGCUAACGAGCUAAUGAUUGAUGUGACUCGUCCCUCACACGGAGCGCUCAUUGAACCGCUGACUCCAACAAGUCAGUUGACGGAAGAAAAUCUGACAAUUGUGCCAGAAAAAAGAGCCAUCAGAUACGGCUGUGAUAACCUUCACGCUCUGCAGGGCUCUGAUAAGCAGCGAGGUACAAUGGGAACAUGUCAACGAGGCAUCUCUGCUGCUGCAGGUGUAGAAAACAAGCAACACCUCUGACAGGUCUUCUACAUGAGGAGACAUGCAGUCCGAGGGCUGAGGCUCUUUGUUCCAUGUGAAGGCACAUACAUAUACUAUAAUGCUUGCUAUUCCAUUUAUUUCUCAAGAAAUACCUUACUUGGAACCACUUGGCUGUUGUUCACCCAGAUGAAAUGAUUGUUUUGUGAAACAUUCUUAAUUAAAAUAAUCCCAACUAUUGUAAAAUAAUGUUGUGAUGUUGCAGUCAAAGGGCUAGGUGUCAAAUGGUACAAACUAAAUGAAAUAUGGAAUAGAUUAAACGUGGCCAGAUUGAUAACCUUUUUACUUUAAAAGGGGAACUCCACCAA